AAAAUGCGCAAACUACAUUUUUAAAAGUUUCUCCUUCAUUUGCAGAAGAAUGAGUAGAAACUGACGGAGGGUUCAUCCCUGGAUCUUAAACGCUAUCAACAGUAGGCCUUGUGUUUAUCAGAGUAAGAAGGGAAGUAACGCCCUCAGCGGAGGACCAUGAGCGAGCUGGAGCAGUUGCGGCAAGAGGCCGAGCAGCUGCGCAAUCAGAUCAGAGAUGCCAGAAAAGCGUGCAGUGACUCCAGUCUGUCACAGAUCACAGCUGGACUGGAUUCGGUGGGAAGAAUCCAGAUGCGCACGAGGCGAACCCUCCGAGGACAUUUAGCCAAAAUCUACGCCAUGCACUGGGCUACUGAUUCCAGGCUACUGGUGAGCGCCUCACAAGACGGCAAGCUCAUCAUUUGGGACAGCUACACAACUAACAAGAUCCACGCUAUUCCUCUGCGCUCAUCCUGGGUGAUGACGUGUGCCUACGCCCCCUCUGGGAACUACGUGGCCUGCGGAGGUCUGGACAACAUCUGCUCCAUCUACAGCCUAAAAACCCGCGAGGGCAACGUCAGGGUCACCAGAGAACUCCCGGGCCAUACAGGUUAUUUGUCAUGCUGUCGUUUCCUGGACGAUAGCCAGAUAGUCACCAGCUCUGGAGAUACAACGUGUGCUUUGUGGGACAUAGAGACCGGUCAGCAGGCCACCAUCUUCUCAGGCCACGUCGGGGACGUCAUGAGUCUCUCUCUGAGCCCCGACUCCAGGAGCUUCGUGUCGGGGGCCUGCGACGCCACCUCCAAGCUGUGGGACAUCCGAGACGGCAUGUGCAGGCAGUCCUUCACCGGCCACGUCUCAGACAUCAACGCUGUUUGUUUCUUCCCCAACGGAAACGCCUUCGCGACCGGCUCCGACGACGCUACCUGCCGCCUGUUCGACCUGCGAGCCGAUCAGGAGCUGAUGAUGUACGCGCACGACAGCAUCAUCUGCGGCAUCACCUCGGUGGCCUUCUCCAAGAGCGGCCGUCUGCUGCUCGCCGGCUACGACGACUUCAACUGCAACGUGUGGGACACGCUGAAGGGAGAUCGUGCAGGCGUUUUGGCGGGACACGAUAACAGGGUGAGCUGUUUGGGCGUGUCCAACGACGGCAUGGCCGUGGCCACCGGCUCGUGGGACAGCUUCCUCAGGAUAUGGAACUAACCUAAUGGGACAGGACUGGAGAUUGAUGCACCACUCUGACCAAUCACAGUCACUGUAGCGGCCUUCUGCCAGAGGAACUCUUCUCCCCCUGUUACCCCACCUUUCCUCCCCCCUCCUUGUUCAUACGAGACCCCUUUCCUACCAAGCCUCCAAUCAGCUGAGGAGGAGGAGGAGGAGGCCCAGCUACCAGGACUCUGUCUCUAUAUCCUUCUCUAUCUGUUUAUCAGUUCGAUCUUUCUAUCUUUACAGCCUCCGUGUCCUGAAGAAGUCGAGGAAUAGACUGUGUUGUGCGUGUGUGUGUGUGUGUGUGUAUGUAUAUAUAUACCAUAUUUGCUAUUCUGUGCUUGUAUGUAAUACGUGCGCACUUAAGUGUUUGGAUGUCGUGCGGUAGGUGUGUUAGUCGUCCCCGUCGUGUUGCCUUUAAUUCCUGAAAACGGCUUGCGAUCGCAGUGCGGUUCUGCCGCAGGUGCUGAAGUCCACCCGCGCCGCCCGCGGGUUCGUGUUCGACGUGCUCUAAUGUUUAACGCGUGGGUUCAGUUCAAGGGGCGCGCCAGGCGUGCUGGAGAACAUCAGUGACACUUUGUUUUCUUUGCCUCCAUCGAUCCAGGCUUAUUUAGGGCAUUAGCCAGCCACGGUGCCUCCUGCUCGCUCAGAGCGGAAUUGAUAGCUGCCAUUGUGCCCUUCACGUGCAGAUCUCAUUUGCUGGCAUUUCCUCAGUUCUAUCGUGCAGUAUUGUUUUGGACGUCGGCCUGGCUGUUGUGUUAAACCGCCUGAAGCGAAAGCUUUGACGUGGAAUUCUGUAUUUGAGGCUUGUGGAUGGUAUUAGAACUGUAGUGUUGGUCUAGUAUUGAAACCAUUUAGUUAUCAGGCAUAAAACACUGAAUUCAUAUCAAACAUAGGACCAAACUGUCUCCAAACAUGCCACCAUCAGGGUUUUGUUGCAUUCCUCUGUUCAGUCACUAUGAGGAUGUCCUUAUAUGAUUGGUAUUAUUGGUAUUGCCCCAUACUCAGAGCUUUGAUCCCAGUAUUAUUGUGUAAGAAUGGUAUCAGACUACCUAUAUGUAUUUGUAUGCAUUAUAUUGACCAACAUCACAUCACAGCAUCACAAAGGCCAGUAAUCUCAUAAAGGCUACAUAAUAUGCCGUGUGUUCUCUAGACGUGCUGCAUAAUUCAGUAUUCUAGCUGUACUGUGUCACGUAGGUCCAAAAUCCUAACGCUGCAAGGAAAAUACAACCACUACAGCGUCCCUAGUGUUUCUAGAGCCUGACAUGUGAACAUGGAGUAAACCCAUCGUGUGUGUAACAUCCCUUUAGCCAUGAAACAAGCCAAUAAUGCUGCAAAUCUAUCGAGAAAAGCAUUCCCUAUCAGCCACUCUGUUCAAAACGCACCUAAAAACACUAGGCUCCGAUAUAUAAAUCUGUCAGAACAGGGUUCCCAUUCACAUCGAUUACCCUUAGCAUGGUGGGUCACCGUUGUAUUUACCAGACGCUUUAAAUUUACGUUUAAAUUUGAGCCCUCUGGUUUGUUUCCAAAGCUGCUCUAACUGAUCGAGUGUGCCAAAUCAAUCAAAGAAACAAAGAAGGAAAUGAAAGUGAAGUAUUUCGGGAUGCCCUGCAGUGGAGCUCACCGUAUUCUGGCAGAUACGUAUCGCUUUAGCUGAAGGAUAAGCGAGCGGAUUGUUUCGAUGUUCUAGGAGCAGAAGCUUCACCGUGUUCUUUUUUCUGGUGUAAAACGGCACUGAGGUUCCGUCUGUGUCGUCAGAGCGAGCCUUAACCGUCCUAGUUCAGUACUUGAGUUCAUUUUGUGCCAGUGAUAUGAAUGAAUUAGAGAAUUAGAGUAACGACUGUGCAGAUCUGUCGAGCUGUCUUAACACUUUUGCAUCAGUGCUUUACUACACACCUGAGCUUUAGGCUUUUUUCACUGACGGUUCACAAGGAAUCUUUUAUAAACGUUUUGAUUUUGUCUUUUCUUACAGUAUUGUAUUGAUGUUUUUUUUGAAUGGGGGGGGGUUGAAUGGUUUGGAUCAGAUUUCUCUAUUUACUGUGAGCUGUGUGUUCGACCUUUAGUUCAUUAACUUUAAUCAUGUCAUAUUAAGCGUGGCGUGAAAAGCCAGUCCGAGUGUUGAAGGGCGUGUGAAUACUCGUACACUUCGCCUGCCGUGUGUCGAAUCAGUUUUUCUGUAUUUUCGGUAGAAAAUCAGCUUUUAAAAAUCGGUGUAACAACAAACGUGUAUAUAUUUCAAUCUGAAUGUAUUAAGCGCAGGCUGAUCACGGGAAUCCUGUAUUUUCUGGAUUCGUUUCUGUAUUAAAACGUUUUAUUUACCUUUAAAUUCACCCACUGUUGUCUUCUACAUAUUUUUUAUAACACAUAAUACGAACAUUAAAAGCUGAUACCUGAAGUGAAAA